GAGCGAGCGAGCGAGCGAGCGCGGACAGCCUGCCUGACUAGCGUUAGCCGCCUCGCUAAUGUCCACGUUAGCCAGUAGCCAGCAGCCGGCACUCAGGAGUCCGUAGACGGCGGGUUCACGUUGGGGGGCCGGUGAGCCGCCGGCGGCUGCGCGGCGCUUCGGCUCUGCCUUUAAACUUAAAGUUUUGGGACUUUGUUUGUUUCGCCCCGUGCUGUUAGUUAAUAGUCGGGCUGAGGAGAAGGUGUGCGCCGCGGGAGCAUCAUCAUCAUCAUGAUCAUGGGCUUGCCCGCGCUCGAGUUCAGCGACUGCUACCUGGACAGCCCGCACUUCCGAGAGCGCCUCAAGUCGCACGAGCUGGAGCUGGACAAGACCAACAAGUUCAUCAAGGAGCUCAUCAAGGACGGCAGGGCGCUCAUCCAGGCGCUCAGAAGUCUGUCUUCAGCCAAGCGCAAGUUCGCCGAGUCCCUCAACGAGUUUAAGUUCCAGUGCAUCGGUGACGCCGAGACGGACGACGAGAUCUGCAUCGCAAAGUCACUGCAGGAAUUCGCAAGUGUCCUGAAGAACCUGGAGGAUGAGCGGGCAAGGAUGAUCGAAAAUGCCAGCGACGUCCUGAUCACACCACUGGAGCGAUUCAGGAAAGAGCAAAUCGGUGCAGCCAAGGAAGCCAGAAAGAAGUACGACAAAGAGACUGAGAAGUACUGCGGCGUUCUGGAGAAACACUUGAGCCUGUCUGCCAAGAAGAAGGAGUCCCAGCUCCAUGAGGCCGACAGCCAGGUGGACCAGGUGCGGCAGCACUUCUACGAGGUCUCUUUGGAGUACGUCUUCAAGGUGCAGGAGGUGCAGGAGCGCAAGAUGUUUGAGUUUGUGGAGCCGCUGUUGGCUUUCCUGCAAGGCCUCUUCACCUACUACCACCACGGGUACGAACUAGCGAAGGACUUCAAUGACUUCAAGACAGAACUCACCAUCAGUAUCCAGAAUACGAGGAACCGGUUCGAGAGCACGCGGUCCGAGGUUGAGUGUCUGAUGAAGAAGAUGAAGGAAAGCCCCCAUGAGCAUAAGAACGUCUCUCCCCACACCAUGCAGGGCUACCUAUUUGUUCUGGAGAAGCGGUCCUUUGUGUCCUCCUGGGCCAAGUACUACUGCAGCUAUGACCGUGAGCCCAAGCGCUUCACCAUGGUGCUGUUUGACCAGAAGUCUGGUGGGAAAGUGGGGGAAGAGGAGUCCUUCACACUGAAGUCUUGCACCCGGAGAAAGACGGAGUCCAUCGAGAAGAGGUUCUGUUUCGAUGUGGAAGCCGUGGACCGGGCUGGAGUGAUCACAAUGCAGGCGCUGUCGGAGGAGGACCGUAGACUCUGGAUGGAGGCCAUGGAUGGCAGAGAGCCGGUGUACAAUUUAAACAAGGACAACCAGAGUGAAGGCUCCGCUCAGCUGGACAGCAUCGGCUUCAGCGUCAUCAAGAAAUUCAUCCAUGCUGUGGAGACCAGAGGAAUCAAUGAACAGGGCCUGUACAGGAUUGUAGGAGUGCACUCCAGAGUCCAGAAGCUUCUGAGUCUGGCCAUGGACCCAAAAACCAGUGCAGAUGUGGAACUGGACAGCUCUUCAGAGUGGGAGAUAAAGACCAUCACCAGUGCACUGAAAUACUAUGUCAGAAUGCUGCCUGCUCCUCUUAUGACGUACCAGUUCCAGAGGAGCUUCAUCAAGGCUGCCAAGCUGGACAAUCAGGAAGCCCGUAUCGCAGAGGUCCACAGCAUUGUCCACCACCUGCCAGAGAGGAACAGACAGAUGCUGCAUCUACUCAUGAAGCACUUGGCAAACGUGGCAAAGCACCAUCAACAGAACCUUAUGACCGUCGCCAACCUGGGCGUGGUCUUUGGCCCGACCCUGCUGCGCCCCCAGGAGGAGACUGUGGCGGCCAUCAUGGACAUCAAGUUCCAGAACAUUGUCAUUGAGAUCCUCAUCGAGAACCACGAGAGGAUUUUUAAGGACACACCUGUACCCGGAGCGAGCCAACAGAAUUCUCAGCUGAACACGCCGCAGAAGAAGAGCACGGAGAACAAAGUCCCGUCCUGCAGCGAAAGACCCCUCACCUUCUUUUACACACCCCCAACUGUCGAAAAAGUGGAGAAGAGGGACAGCGUUGCGCUGAACUCCAGCGCCGAGUCCAUCCAUGCCAACGCUGCCGUCAACUCCAAUAACGCGCAUGGCCGCUCGCUUCUCGGCAGCCUCAAUUGCAGUGACCCGGAGCUGGAUGGGAGCCUCAAGGGAAAGCGGAACCGACCCAAAUCCCUGCUCCUGCGGUCAAGCUACGCGACGCUUUCCUCGGCGUUCCGCACGCGGACACUGAUGAACCCAAAGAGCCGGGGCAGCAUCUCCACGAGCCCCACCUCUCCCAGCCCCACUUCGCAGCGAUCUCCCUCCUGGCCGAUGUUCUCCGCCCCCUCCAGCCCCCAGCCGGCCUCGUCCGCCUCCAGCGACUCGUCCCCCGUCAGCCCCACAGCCCGGAAGGCACGUGCUCUCUAUGCCUGCAAGGCAGAACACCCCUCGGAGCUCUCCUUCAGCGCCGGGACCAUCUUCGACAACGUUCACCCUUCGCGGGAGCCGGGCUGGCUGGAGGGCACCCUGGACGGCAGGACGGGCCUCAUACCGGAGAACUACGUCGAGUUUGUGUGAGCGUGUGGAGAACAUCUCCUCGCCAAGUUUGAUUCUGAAGUUUGUUUUUUACACCGGACUUUGUCUCUCGGGAGCUUCUGCUUCUAGCCAAUGGUCUCUGUCGGAAGACAGCGUGACCUUGACCGGCUUGUGACAUGAGCGGAGUCCCCACGUCCCCGGCCAUAUAACCCAACUGCCUGCGAGAGCAGAGCGACGCCACGCCAGGUCCACGGAGGACCUCCUUCCUCAGCUGCUGCAUUGUGGGGUGGCACCGGUAGCUGGCCGAGCCCAGUCUGCUCUCGUCUUCCUUCUUCUUGCUUUAGAACUACUUCACGCACUGAGAAUGGAUCCUCAAAACUGUGUGUGCAACUUCAAAGAAACUGUUUUUAAUAACUUUUCAUUUUGAUAAUUUACAACACUGUAAAUGAGGAGAGGAGAAAUGUGCUAAAUGUGAAACUGGAGUCCUUGCGUCUCAUGUCAGCCUCUCCUUUAUGAUACAUUAAAUUAAUGUUUUAGGAUGGUUCCCAAAUUGACAAUUUUGGGUGGAUCAUUAACACUGUAAAUAAGUCUAAAAAAUUAGGCAAUUUUUAAAAGUUUAUAUUGAAUUUUAUAUUUUAUUUUGCAUACUAACUUAAUUUUUUUUUUAACCUUUCAAUUAUUCCUUUGUAUCCUUUUCAUUUUCCUUUCCACUCUGUUACAUUGUUUUGAGAUUAAAUCUUACAGGAGGAGGGCCCUGUAUUCUGUUCUGUAUUUUAUUACCAAAAAUCUGCCAUGUGUGAUGGUCUUGUAAAACAGUGACUGUUGGGAAGCAUCAUGCAGACGCACAGCAGCAAGAACCUAAGCACUUCGUGUGAACUUUGUUCAAGACGACCUGCCGGCCAUUCGCUUUGCCUCCUUGUUCUCAUGCAAGUAAUUUUCACUUCAGCCAAAGAACAUUCCUCUUAAGUUUAACAGGGUCUUUUUCCCCACACUAUGGUGACAAUACUCAUUUACAUGUUGGCACUUGGGAUUUAUCAGUUGUGGCUGAAGUCCUGAUACAGAUCAAGGAAACUGAUUUCAAGCUCAACAACAAGCAACAGAAGAGGGGGGUGAUCACUCAUCUAGCCUGAAGUAGGUGACGUGAAAGUCAUUAAACCCCCUUUCUUUAAAGAAGUGCUUUGACUUCACAUGUAGCUCUGGAACACGUCACCCUGUUCUCACAUUCAAUAUUCCCAGGGUUCGCGGAGACGCACCCGUCAUUUAAACACCUGACCUGUCUGCAUUUCCUGUUUGUCAGCUGUGACCUAAGUCCUGAUACGAUCAAGGAAGUUAUUAAAAUUUACAAGCGGUUCAGAAAAAGCUGCCAUUUAACAAAGGGAGCCUUAACAAACCCACACGGAUGAGGCACCAGAAUGUAAAAGCGCUUUUAUUACGAUUGCUCAUCUGGACUGCAUUAAGUGACUUACAAUAAACUAACUUUUUAAACCAUGGUGUUAACAUCAUACCUAGCUGAGUACACCUGUAAUGUCUCCAGAAGUACCACACGAAAAAGGACAGUCCAACAUUUAAUCAAAUAGGUGAAAAGAUCAACAUUUACUACAGAAGUAUAAUACAGAAGGAAUAGAAAACUAUUUUUUAAACAAAUACACUGUAUACUCUUUACAUUGGAUUACAUUUACAUAUUUGAAAUACAAGCAAAACAGACUUUAGCAAAAGCCAUAUACCAGUGACAUAUGAUCUGCCCUUAAACUUUUUAAAGAUAUUUGCAUGUGUCUUAUAGAAAAUAGGCUUUCUCCACCAGUUUCAGGGUAGUGCAAAUUCUCAGACUCACUCCAGCUCAUAGAUUACUUUCACACACAGUUCUGAUCUUCACAGUAACAUCACCAAAGCCCUAAACCAUUACAAAAGGCAUUUCUGAGAAAUCUAAUGUGUUUACUUGAUAAAUACCAAGUUGUGGCUGCACAUCCUAUAGCUGCAUGGGUAUCCUUACUUUCUGCUUUGGUCACUAAUAUAUAAACACUCCAGUUUUUUAAAAUGUUUUGAUUUAUUGAAAACAUGGCACACAUUAAAUGUUUCUACAAAGAGAAUUUGCAUGUAUUUACAAAUUGCCACAAUAACCAGCCUUCCACUCAUAUUUGCACAAAGUUCUUCCAUACAUAUAAACUUUCACUUCAUAUUAAUAGAUUAUAUAUGCUGUAAACUAUAAAAGCAAUAUAUUUUUAAAUAAUUAACAAUACAAUGGGAAACAGUGCAUCCAGGCAAUGAUGCACUUAAGAAGCAUUUACAAUUUAUAUUUUUUCCUGAAUGUUAAUGCAUUUUAAGGCUGUCUCCAUUUUUUUCUGAACCUUUGAGAAAAUUUGUAUAAAAAUACUUUUAUCAAAAUUAUUUUACAAUACUCUGAAUACUUCUACUUAUUAAAGGUUCUAUCUAAGGGGUAAAUUUUUUUUCUUUUUUUUUUUUUUCCUUAAAUCUUUCUUUAGAUAGAGCAUCUCACCUGCCAUCUGUCACUCUGGGAGGAACUUUCAGCUCCUGACACUGUAUGUGAAAGUAACCCAAAUGCAUAAAAGAAAAAUCUAGUGAAGGACAUGGAGCACAAACAAAAGCAUUGUAUGAACAUGGCUCUACACAACUUUUACCUUUUAUAUAUAUUACACACAUUAUAUAAGUAUACUUUUUUUUUUUUUUUUUUUGCCUCAUAUUGAUUGGGUGCUGAGGUGUCUGUUCAGAUAAGGACCAUUCAGCAAAGCUUUUAGCUCAUGAACUCAUCUGUCUAUUACACCUCACUCAGCACAUCAUUUUAUUCCUGGAUUUCCAAUCCAACAGUUUGUUUCAAUGCCACAGGCAACAAGCACUGAUUCCACCCCUUAUUUUUGGUAUACCUACAUACAAAAAAAAAAAAAAUCUAGGAAACUUUACUCAGAAUUAAAUGAACAAUAUUUGUACUGAGGCAACAGCAUUUUUAGUGUAACAUUUUGUAAUAACCAGUGGCCAGUAUUUCAAAAUGGGUAAUGCUGCAUUUCUGUGACAUGACAAAAGAGAGCAUCUUCAUCAGCACCAAUAGCUGAACAAACCAGUCAAUGAAACUUUUUCUAGAAAUUAAGAAAAAUUUGAAUAUUGCAUUUCAAUACUGUUAAAAAACAUCAGAAAAUGCAUUACAAUACUUGAUGUCUAAUUUGCUUUAAGCUAUGUUAAAAUCUAAUUUUCUGUGUCUAUUUCAGUGCAAAUCUAUCUUUUGUAAUGUCACAUUCAUUUCAUGUCUAAAAAAUACUUUAUUGAGCUCACAUUCAAUCAUUCAACCAAUUCUAUGCCUGAAGUUGUGCUGUGUUCUGCUGACACACACUCAAACCUGAUAGGAACUUUAAGACCAGUGUGCAAAAA